GUAAACAAAACAAACAGUUGACUGCAGCGGGACCCGGCGGAUGGCCGGACACAGGUUUUCUUCCUCUCUCUCCUUAAACUGAGAGUUAUUUGAAUGUUUUGAGGCAGUGCCGGGUAGUGAUAACCAUGUCAGUCAUUGAAAAACAUUGUAUUCAGAGGAGUGAAGUUCCAACCACAUUUUAGAAGGUAAACGAAACUGAUCCUUGAAGAUUUCUUAUGAAAGAGAAAGAUGUAUCAGCUGGGAAGGUUAACACAGCAUCUGCUUAUGCGGUCUCCUAAGCAGAGGCUGUUCCAAAGCCAUGAGAAGAUAUCAGUGGCAGCAGUCAGAUCUCUUCUCAGCACCAGUACAGAAGAUGACAUUUCCCACUGCAAUGUAGGAACGAUCGGCCACGUGGACCAUGGCAAGACCACCCUGACGGCAGCGAUCACAAAGGUGCUGCAGAGAACUGGCCAGUCCACCUUUGUCUCCUACGACGAGAUUGACCGAGCGCCUGAGGAAAGACAGCGGGGAAUUACCAUCAACACUGCACAUGUCUCCUAUUCCACGAAUCUGAGGCACUACGCCCACACGGACUGCCCCGGACAUGCAGACUAUGUGAAGAACAUGAUCUCUGGUGCCUCGCAGAUGGAUGGGGCAAUCCUGGUGGUGGCAGCAAACGACGGCCAGAUGCCCCAGACACGCGAGCACCUACUGCUGGCACGGCAGGCGGGGGUGGAGCGCGUGGUGGUGUUUGUGAACAAGGCGGACCUGGUGGAUGAGGAGUACCUGGAGCUGGUGGAGAUAGAGAUGAGGGAGCUGCUGGACCACUUUGGCUUUGACGGGUCAGACGCUCCCUUUGUGUAUGGCUCAGCUCUCCUGGCGCUGGGAGGGGACGAGGGGCCACUAGGGGAGCAGAGCAUCCUUAAGCUACUAGAGGUCAUGGACACUUAUCUCACACCCCCCACCAGGGACCUCACCUCCCCCUUCCUGCUGCCCCUGGACAACUACUUCUCUGUGCCGGGUCGAGGGUCGGUGGUCACUGGCACUCUGAAGCAGGGGGUAUUGCGGCGCGGUGCUGAUGCUGAGCUGCUUGGCUUUGACCGCCGUAUCAAGACUGUGGCUACCGACGUGCAGGUGUUCAGGAAGAAGGUGGAGAGUGCAAAAGCCGGCGAAAACGUCGGGGUGCUAUUGCGGGGGGUGCGGAUAGAGGCACUGGCACGGGGCAUGAGUCUGUGUGCUCUGGGCUCCAAGAAGUACGUCAAUAGGUUUGAGAGCACCAUAUACUUCCUGACCAGUGGCGAGGGAGGUAGGCGGAGACCUAUCACCUCUGCCUACAUCCAGCAGAUCUUCAGUAACACCUGGAACAUCACCUGCCGGAUUGACUUGCCUGCUGGUGUUGCGAUGAUAAUGCCAGGGGAGCACAACACCGUAGAAGUGACUCUGCUGCAGCGAAUGGUGUUGUCGCUGGGCCAGUCCUUCACCAUCAGGGAGAACAAUGUCACAGUUGCCACAGGAAUGGUGACCCGACUUCUCCCCAGCGUGGAAAUACCAGCCAAGAGAUUAGACCAGCAUGUGUUCCAGGCAGCACAAAGAUGGGCAUGUCGGGGCCUCCACACCCUACCGCCUGCCAGACUCACCACCACCACUACUGCAGCACCCUGGGAGAGCGGGAGAGGGACAGGACCACACCACCACCGCCGGCACCUGUGGGGGUGGCUUAACGCUAUCUUCAACAAAGUGGAUGAAAACCGUAUUAAGGAAGUGGGGGCGGACCGGGCGUGCGCUGAGUGGCUGUUGCGGUGUGGUGCUGUGGUGCGCUGGCUGGACCGCGACCAGUGGACCAAGGACUACAACUCCCUCCCAGCAACAGGCGGCCGGCACCUGAAGAUUGAGGAGGUGGACGCUACGGAUUCUGCCGUCAUGCACAUCGGCUUCCCUCACUUCAGAGGCUGCAAACACAUUCGUCGCAUUAUCUUCCACCGCUCCACCUACCUGGAAGAUGCGGCCCUCAGUCAGCUCCCCUUGCUCAAGACCUCCCUGAAGCAGCUGCAGAUCUCCUCCUGUGGGAACAUCACGACCGAGGGACUGAAGUACAUCAAGGAGUUAGAGAACCUUGACUACCUCCUUCUGUAUGACCUGCCAGAGAUCAGGGACAAGGAGGCUGUGGUGAGGGAAUUGGAGGCUGCCCUUCCUGCCUGCACCAUAGUCUUCCCUUACGCCCAGGCCAAGGACGACCCAAGCCUGAAGGAGGAGGAAAAGCUACCAAAGGAAUAAACACCAAAUGAUAUUUACUCAGAUGUAAGUAAAUGUUGACUGGGAUGAAUUUAGUUGCUCUGUUUUGUCUGUGGAUUAAGACAAGUAGAUUUUUGAUGUUUCGAUUUCUUUUAUGUCAGUACUGUUGACCCAAGCCUGAGGAAGACCCAUCAAAGGGAUAAAAACUUAUACCAUUCUUCUCCAUUCACCAUUUUCCUAGAGUGAGGGGUUGGUGCCAUUUAAAAAGUCUCCUCCAGUUGUUUCCGCCCUCCUCCUCCUCUGUGGCUCCCAUCCUUUGCAAUUCACCACAAUUCCAUCCCUCCAUCUCAUUCUCUCUCCCUUCCUCUUGAUCUUCUUCCUAAUAUCCAUUCAAGUGUAGAUUUUGACUGUGAUGAAUAUUUUGUUUUGUGUAUGGAGCAAAAUAAGGAAUAGGCUUUUGAUGUUUGGUUUCUUUCACUAUAUUAGUCUGUAUCAAAGUUUACAGCCAUCUUCAUUUAGUAUUGCUGUGUUUUGUGAGUGAAUUGAAGUAAGUAAAAGAGUUGUUUUUUUUUUUCCAUUUUUUUAUUUAUCUGUUAAUUUGUUUUGUAUGUAUUUUAUUGUAUUUAUCUAUCUAGUUUGCCAGAGAAAGGGAUGAAUGAUUGAGCUUACUGGUUAACUCUUACUUUAGAGAGGUGGGCAAACUCUAUAGAGAAUAAUAUAUAAUCAGGUUUUCAUUUGUUAUUUUAGUCCAUUGAUGUUGCAUAAUUCUCAUUAAACUAUCGCUAAAA